AUGAGAGAAGAAAUUAACGCAAACGAAGGAUUGCUGGUAUUGAGCGCCGUAAUUUCGGCACCGGCCGACAAGUCAAAAGAACAUGUGUCAUGUCGCGAUGGCAAAAUUACGCGCAUUCUUAAUGAUUCUCUUGGCGGCAGUAGCUAUGUUGUUAUGGUUGUAUAUGUCUCGCUGGCCCAUACAAAUACUUAUGAAACAGCAACAACGUUGAGGUUUGAAAGCCAGGUGAAACAGGUCGAAAACAAGCCAGUUUUAAGAUUUUAA